CGACCAUGCUUCUUUGGAAGUAGAAAAACUUGAAGUUCAAAUAUUAGGCAAGAUGUUAUUCAGUCAGUGCAAUUAAUCUAAACGACACCGAUCAUUUGGCGACGUUUGGAAGACCACUAUUUAUGCGGAAGGCGCCCUCAGACACUGGCAACGACGCAAUGCGACGAUUUGAUGUUUCACCCCACAGCGUCAGAACGUGCUGAGAUCUCGACAGAGCCGAAGGCAGCAUUAUUGCUUGGAUCUAAUAAUAUUGUAUCGGACAGUCGGUAUGUCUGUUGUCCUGUCUCAGAAGCCGAGUUGGCCGCGGCAUGGAAGCAAAUCAAACAACGCACUGCCACUAGAGGAAGCGCUUAAGUUCCACCAAACUACUCGCCAUUUUGACUACAAUGCUACGAUCGUCCUCGUUGGAUCGCGAGGCUCUGGCAAACGCUCACUCGCAUUUAUCGGAGCCACCCAUCUUGGACGAAGACUGGUAACUGAAGACCAGUACUUUCAACAAGUUACUGGCCUAUCAAGAAAAGACUACCUCUCAAAGUAUGGCAGCAGAGAGUUUGGGCGGCAAAAUGUGGAAGUUCUGCAAAGGAUGCUCGAGGACAACGAAACGGGCAGCAUCAUAGAAUGCGGAAUGUCUAGUCUUGCAAGAGAGUCCCAAAACACGCUGAGACAUUAUGCAGAGACGCAUCCUGUUAUCCACAUACUCCGCAACCCAGCGCGAAUACGCCUUCUCCUCAACUUGAAGGAUUCGGAGGCUGCGCGUUUGGAGCAGGCUGACAAAUCACAUCAGUCUUGUUCUAACUUUGAGUACUACAACUUACAGGACUCAAACUGUGAGUGUCAUGUAGAGGAGAUAUCCCAGGAUCGACAGAUUCCCAAUUAUUCAUUUGCAUUAAAGGAUGCCAAGCAAGAUUUCUCGCGAUUUCUUGAUAAAAUUACUGGCCUUGGUGCAAAGCAAUCUGCAUACGAGAGUCCGUUCUCUGUUGACGCAUUGCCGCCUGAAAACAGACCUUACACCUAUGCGAUUCCGCUCAGUUUAUCUGACCUUACCAACGGAGCGAUCGACUUACCCCAGCUGGACUCUGGCGGAGAUGCUAUAGAGCUUAAAGUCGACAUGUUAACCCCUAAUAUUUUGACCAUAGUUAGCAAAGAAGUUGCUCGGAUUAGGAGAACUCUUGGGAUUCCCAUUAUCUUCCACAUCGAUGAAAUUUUGUCGAACGAUGUCAGCGCCAUUAUAUCGCUACUUUAUCAUGCCAUACGCCUCGGAGUUGAAUAUCUUGUCAUUCCGCUGUGGUUGGAGGAUAACACUAUUAGGGAGAUCGUGCAUGUUCGAGGAGAAACGAAGAUUAUUGGUCAAUUCAUCGACAAGAAGGCUGUCAGUUGGCAGGAUCAAAUGUGGAUCUCAAAAUUUGAAAGGGCGAAGCAAUUUGAUUGCCAUAUAGUCCGAUUAUUACGAACGGCGCUUACGAUCGAGGAUAAUACGGACGUGCAAGCUUUUGCGAGUAGAGUUGCCGCAAUUUCGACUCGCCAACCGAAACUUAUCGCAUACAAUCUUGGGCCUUUGGGGAAAGCUUCUGUGAUUGCAAACACAAUAUUUAGCCCUGUUACUCACCCUGCUAUCAGACAAAAAGACAGCCGGCCCGAGAACUUUUUGAUCACCGCACAGGAAGCAAUGGAGAAUUUAUAUGAAACGGGUGUACUCGAUGGCUUGAAAUUUGUCACUUUCGGCCGCCAUGUGAACUACUCUCUAUCGCCAAUGAUGCACGAGACCGCUUAUGCACACCUUGGGAUGAAAGGACAGUACUAUAGGUACACCGGUUCAUCACUCGACGAGCUAGCUGCAUUAUCACAGGACCCCCAUUUUGGAGGUGCUGGGAUUAGCCAGCCUUUCAAAGUCGAAAUUAUGUCACGAUGUGUGGCACACAGCCGCCACGCAAAAGCAAUAGGUGCCUCAAACACAAUCACACCUUUGCGGGCUCUCCCAGAUGGGUCUGCAGAUUUUUUACUCAAUCAAGCCAACAGACGGGGUCAUGCUGGACCUGUUUGUGCUUGGUUCGCCGACAACACAGAUUUUCUAGGGAUAUUAGCAUGUCUUCGGCGGAACGCCACUCCGAGAAAUGUCGUGCAACCGUCAAAGACAACUGGUCUUGUUAUAGGUGCAGGAGGAAUGGCACGAGCUUCAAUAUAUGCUAUGAUUCUGCUGGGAUGUCGGAACAUAUUUAUUUACAACCGAACGCUCAAAAAUGCAGAAAUUGUCGCCGAUCAUUUCAACUCUUGGGCUGGAGCCUUAUCAGCGAAUGGAAGAGUGGUUUCUGUUUUACGAACAAGAAACGAGCCUUGGCCAGCCGAAUACCAGCAGCCUACUUUCUUGGUUUCCUGUGUGCCUGCCCACGAGGUAGAGAUCCAUAGCCCAGCAGAUUUUGAGGUUCCAGAACAGUGGCUAGGGAGCCCGUCAGGAGGAGUGGCACUUGAGUUGGCAUAUAAACCACUGAAUACGCCUCUCGUUCGGCAGAUACGACGCUUUCGCCAGAAGACAGGGCGGGCUUGGGUCAUGGUCGAUGGUUUGGAGUUCAUACCAGCGCAAGGAUUUGCACAGUUUGAGCUUAUGACUGGAAGGAGGGCACCGCGAGCCCAAAUGAGAGCUGCUGCGGAAAAUAACUAUGAGAAGGUAACAGGGGCCACCACUGACUCGAUGGUAUAACGUCAACCCUAGUGUUCUGGCUUCAUAGCAUAUUGCGAUCAAAUGAAGAAAGAUAACAAAGCUCUCAGAAGUGCUGUGGAAGCCUCUUGACUUAUACGUAAAGCGUCCCAGCCAAAAUCAUCUGUGCCCAAAAAUAAAGACCCCAUCCCACAGCAAUCUUUAUGACGGAAUUCCGUCUGAUAGUCGCCUUCUUGAUGCCCCUUGCUACGCCCGAAUCCCCAAAUGCGUCUGCCGCAACGAAGAGAUCGCUGAGCACAAACAUGAUGGCUCCUAGAAGCCUUUGGCGCGGCCAGUUGGAGGAGGCUGGGGCGGUAGUAGCGGCCGCCACUGCCAGCAUCGAGCUGAUGAUAGUUGCAUACACGGAAACCAGGGGCCGCAUUUCGCCAGCAAUGGACAGGUUGAGAACGUUGCCCGAUUUCGUGGAUGUCGGCCCUGGAUAGAUGGCGCCGAGCCAUUUCCCGGCCGCCAUUGAUGCCACGAAUGUGAUUACUAGCGUCGACUGAGAAACUUCGUCGGCGUUACGAAGGAAGGCAAGGAUAUACGCUAUAUGCGCGCCUGCGAAUGCAAGGAUGCCCAGCUUGAAUGAAGUAGAUAUUUCUACUUCUUUUGGUGCAUCACGCGAUUGGUUGCCUUUCCUGGCGGCCUUGGAAGCCUCCACCGAUUUGGGGCUGGAGUCGUAGUAUUCAUUCCCAGAGGGAAUUAAGCAUAUGUCGCCGAUGAAAGAUAGAACGAGUCCAUAUAUUAUGAGAGUGUCGUAAGGCGACCAUUCUUUUAAUAAGAGUGGUCCACUAGCAAAUGCUGUGGAACAUACGAUCUUGAAAACUGCAUGGCCAGCGAGGGAGGAUGUGGUUUCGGAGAUCACCAGCACAGGGAGCGCAACCAAGAGGAGAUACACGGCCGCAGACGGAGGAAGAACCGGGAUUGAGUGCGAGAUAGUAAACGACAUGAUGGUUGCAAGGAGGUAUAAUAAGGUAUAAUAUGUUUGAAAAGUUUGAAAGAAGCUGUUCUCCAACCUUGCCCUUGGGAUCCAAUACUGCCUGACACGUGCUCCUGCCGUCAAAAGACUGACAUUUUGAAGGGUGGGGAUAUCUUCGGUCUGCCUCGGCUUCGAUUUAGUUUUAGUUGAUGAUUGACACUAGCGAUUAGUUCCCGUUAUCGCUUAGCAUCAUCAGCCAUGACGACCCCUGGAUCAGAUCGCUGCGAUGGGUGUUUAUUGUCACUGUACAUAAAAUAACGGAAGCGUAGAUCACACAAACGGC